GGGGCAAGAUACGAUAAGGACCGCUGCGAUUAUCGGCAGGUUUCCGAGGUUAUCGUGUACUAUUAAAGCAUGGGGUCACUUCCUUUUGGGGUGGGCUGAUUGAACCCUGCAUACGACUUCGCAUACACUUGUCGCGUCUGAUCAACAAGUAUAGCUUCGACCAUGGCCGCUCCUCGUCGCCCUCCUCCCGCUUAUACAGCACCCGCGGACUCCGGAGUCCAUGGAAUUUCGAAGGUCUAUCGAUCCAUCUCCGAGACAGCCACAGAAUCCUCCCAACGAACUCUCGAGUCAUCAUUCACCAUCCGUCCGUGCUCAGGCCAGGCUUGGGUCGUGCCAGCCGGACACAUCUGCCGUCUUACCACGCCCAAGGGACCUCAAGUAGGCGAUCUCAACAUCUGGAAUGCGAAUAACCCGCGCGAAAGACUCUGGGCUGCGCGUACUCGUCAGAUCCACGCCUCUCACGUCUCUGUCGGGGACCGUCUAUGGUCGAACCUGCCGUACCUGCGUCCUCUCAUCACGAUCACCGGAGACUCACUAGCGGGUGGACAACUCCAUGAAGUUUUGGAUGAGGAUGGAAAGAAAAAGGAAGGAAAGGGCUUCGGGACAACAAAGUUUGGAGGACGCGUUCACGAUCUGCUGGGUACCCGUUGCGAUCCUUAUGUGAACCUGGUCAUGGGUGGAGAGAGCUUUGACUUUCACUGCCACUCGAACCUCACCCGCGCCGUCGUUCCAUAUGGGUUGACAGAGCUGGACGUGCAUGAUGUGCUUAAUGUGUUCCAAGUGACGGGUCUGGAUGAGGAUGGAAAGUACUUUAUGGAAACGUCGCCUGCCAGACCAGGGGAAUAUUUCGAGUUCUUUGCUGAAGUUGAUGUCCUUUGCGCGCUGUCCGCGUGUCCUGGAGGUGAUCUGUCUAACUGGGGCUGGGAGGAAAAGGCAGAUAUGGGCGCUACCACCCGCCCCCUCGGAGUAGAGCUAUACAAACUGACAGACUCCAAGGUGUUGGAGGAAUGGAAGGAACCUCAAAGCCCAAAGUACGCUGGAAUGCAUGGAAUGAAGAUGCCACAAAGAGAGAACGACGGGUCUGGCUAUGUCGGAUUAUAAAUGGCUAAAGAUAUACUAUCUCGAUACCUAAAUUUCAAUAAGAAGUCCAUU